AUGGGGCGCAAGAACACAAUUUUCUUUGUACUGUUAGCUACCUUGAUCACAAAGGAGGCAUUGGCAACACAACAUGUUGUUGGUGGAAGUCAAGGAUGGGAUGCAUCCACAGACUUUAACUCAUGGAUUUCAGGCCAAAAAUUCAAGGUUGGAGAUAAACUUGUUUUCAAGUACUCUUCUUUGCAUAGUGUGGUUGAACUUGGUAGUGAGAGUGCCUAUAAGAAUUGUGAUAUUAGUACUCCAACCAACUCCUUGAGCACUGGCAAUGAUGUUGUUAAAUUGGACAAGCCAGGUACAAGGUACUUCACAUGUGGUACAUUGGGUCAUUGUGGUCAAGGAAUGAAAGUGAAGAUUGUAAUAGUGAAAGGGAAUGCACCUUCUUCCACAGCAUCAUCACCCUCAUCAUCAUCAUCACCAUCAUCAUCUUCUUCUUCUUCUCCUGCUGCUACUACUACUACUACUACUUCUGCAGCUUCAGCCACACAAUGCUUCACCUCUUUUGUGCUCAUUGUUGCAUUCUUGGUUGCCACAAUGGUUUUGAUGUUUUAA